AUGAACAAUCAUCGUGAAAACCGACACGCUCCCGCCGAGACUUCGACACUGCUCGGUGCCCCCUCGACAGCACGCACGGAAGGCGACGUAGAAUCCCAGCUCCCCAGCGCCAUCUCCAAGGACGAACAGGGCCUGCAUCUCUCCUCGAAGUCUAUCGGCGAGCGCCUCCCGUACAAUGAUUACACCACCAUAGACUGGCUCCACGACCUCGUCAAGGACAGCGCCCGGCACCGAGCGCUGCACCACCGACCAGGCCUCAGGGGCAACCGGUUGGUGCUGUGGUGGGACGCGGCCCAAGGUUGGGUGGCUGCGUUCAUCAUUGGCGUAUUGACCGCCGGCGUGGCGUUCCUCGUGGACGUCAGUGUAGCGAGUGUCGCAGACUGGAAAGAAGGGAGAUGUGCCGGCGGCGCCGGCUGGUGGCUGGAUCGCGAGCGGUGUGGUGACGGCGCGUGGAGGCCGUGGUCUGCCUCCCGGGGGACAGCAUACGGGAUAUAUGUCUGCGUUGCUCUUUUCUAUGGGCUGAUCGCUGGUGGUGUCACGAUGCUCACCAAGGCAACCCUACCAGCCGCAGACAGUGGUGAUUCUGAUGGUGGCACCGGGGGAGGCGAGCCCCCUGCCGAGGUCCAAUUCACCGAGACUACGACUGGCAAGUCCAUGUACAUGGCUGCUGGAAGCGGCAUCCCAGAGAUCAAGACGAUCCUGUCAGGCUUCGUCAUUCCUCACUUCCUCGAUUUCAAAGUGCUUGUUGUCAAGGCCAUGGGUGCCGUUUUCGCUGUCGGUACGGGCAUGAACUUGGGCAAGGAAGGGCCAUUUGUGCACAUAUCUACUUGUGUCGGAUAUCUGGUCGCCAACUGGUUCCCUAAGUACCGUGGAAAUGGCAGGAAGAUGAGAGAGAUGCUCAGUGUCUCGUGUUCUUCGGGUUUGUCUGUCGCAUUUGGGGCACCGAUUGGCGGUGUGCUCUUCAGUUACGAGGAAAUCAGCACGUACUUUCCCCGUCCCGUGCUGUGGAAAGCGUUCCUCUGCUCGCUCGUCGCAGCCGCCACCCUCAAGGAGCUCAACCCAACGGCGACGGGGAAGCUCGUUCUUUUCGAGACGAACUACGGCGUCAACUACGACGCCGUCCACUAUAUCGUCUUCAUCCUCCUGGGGAUCUGCGGUGGUAUCUUCGGGGGUGUCUUCUGUCAGGCAAACUUUCGGUGGUCCAAGGUCUUCCGGAAAUAUUCGGUCAUCAAAGAUCACCCAGUAUUUGAAAUAUUUCUGGUUGUGUUGUUGACAUCUGUUUUACAGUAUCCAAAUAGACUGAUCAGGUCGACGGGCGAUGUAGUCAUGGCCGAGUUGUUGGUCGACUGCAAUGAGCCGGAAGACGUGGAAAUGUCGUAUGUUUGCGAGAUGGAGGCGCUGCAGGACAAAUCUGGGUAUUAUAUGUGGCUAGCAACUGGUGCGCUGGUCAAGCUGCUACUCAUGAUCAUCACCUUCGGCUGCAAAGUCCCCUCGGGAAUCAUCAUACCUGCUCUGGAUGCUGGUGCCUUGUUCGGGCGGAUGGUUGGCCAGGCCCCCUUCCUCUUUGACUCCAUCUCUCCAGGCAUUUUCGCAAUGGUCGGCGCAGCAGCAUUUCUUGCCGGUGUCUCUCGGAUGACAGUCAGUCUCGCGGUCAUCAUGUUCGAGCUCACCGGUGAAGUGAAUUUCAUCCCACCUUUCAUGGUGGCUAUUCUUACUAGCAAAUGGGUUGCCGAUGCCAUAAGCGGGGAGAGCGUGUAUGAUCUGAGCCAGCACCUGCUGGGGCACCCAUAUCUGGAUGCUGAGCAUUCAUUGACAAAGGAGCACGUGGAAGGUGCCAAUGAAGACGGGACUGGGUAUGAUGAUAUGGCUGACCUCUUCAGAGGGCCAAUCUCGGACUUUGUCAAUCGCACCCCCUUGACCAUCCCGUCUACUGCACCGGUUGAGUAUGCCGUGGAGAUGUUUGGCAAGCUGGGGCUGCGGUAUCUAGUCAUUGUCGAGAAGGAUACCGCCAAAGUGCUCGGGGUGGUCAUCAAGAAGCGGUUGGUGAAGUAUCUGGACGAAUUGAAAGGCACACGGUGA